AUGGCACGGCUCAGCAGCGACAACCUCCUGUCUGAACCUCAACGGCGCCACUCCCCCGUUCACCGGGCAUCCACUGCCUCAGCAGACUACGAUGCGCCGGACAGCUACUUCAACUUGGACGAGCUAGCGGCUGUCUCGCCCAUCCAGAACCCGCGCGAAGAGCCCAUCUGCCACCUCCAGACCCUGGAGCAGGUCAGGAGUCGGCAUGAGGAAUCUAUCCAGGAGCAAAGGCUUUCAAGGCGGCUCUUAGCACGACGAUAUCCGGAACAAGAGAAGUCCAAAGAGUCCAGAGAAGCCAAGUUUGAGAUAUCCCGGCUGCUCACGCAGCUGUACACCGUUUCGUACCUGAUCCUGUUCUCUAUCCUGGGCACACUCGCCCGGCUCGGGCUCCAGGCCCUCACCACAUACCCGGGAACGCCCGUCAUCUUCUCCUCCAUAUGGCCCAACUUCGCCGGCAGCCUAGUCAUGGGCUUUUUGUCAGAAGAUCGCAUGCUUUUUCGCGAAGUGCUCGCUUCGCCCGAACAACGUCGAGACAAGCCAGACGAAGAAAGCGGCGGCAGCCCAUCCAACGAACCUGCCACUCCUCCCAACCCCCCUACCGCUGCCACCAAGAAGACCAUCCCCCUCUACAUCGGCCUAGCAACCGGCUUCUGCGGGUCCCUCACCUCUUUCUCAGCCCUCAUCCGCGACGUCUUCCUGGCCAUGUCCAACGACCUCCCCACCACCAGUGACUUUUCCCCAAGCAGAAACGGGGGCUACUCCUUCCUAGCCCUCCUCAGCAUACUCAUCACCACCAUCUCGCUAUCCCUCUCGGGCCUCUUCUUAGGCGCCCACCUCGCCAUCGCCCUCGCGCCUUUACUCCCAUCCAUCCCCGCCUGGUUUACCUGCCGUGUCCUCGAUCGACUCGCCGUGCUCCUCGGCUGGGGCUGCUGGCUCGGCGCCGUGCUCCUGUCCAUCUGGCCGCCGGACCGGGCACAACAGACACCUUCCCCAGACAGCAGCUCCUCCUGGCGCGGCGCGGCAACCUUUGCGCUGGUCUUCGCCCCGCUGGGGUGCCUCCUGCGCUUUUUUGUAUCGCUCAAGCUGAACGGCAGGCUGGCUUCCUUUCCCGUGGGCACCUUUGUGGUGAAUAUGCUGGGCACGGUGGUGCUGGCUGUGGCGUGGGACUUGGCGCACCUGCCCGCGGGUGGGGUGAUGGUGGCUUGCCAAAUCCUCAAAGGGGGCGUUCAGGACGGGUUCUGUGGCUGUCUGACCACCGUCUCCACUUGGGUUGCUGAGUUGGCUGCGCUGAGGAAGCGGCAUGCUUAUGUGUACGGUGGUGCGAGCGUGCUUGGGGGGUUUGCGGUAGCGGUUGCAGUUAUGGGUGGGGUGAGGUGGAAUGGAGAGUUUCAGGGCGCAGUUUGUGGGUAG